CGCUGCCAUGGCUGGCGACGUUGCGGCAAUGGCGAUCUUGGCGCGCAAGUACCAACAGUCGAAGGAUGCCGAGACGGCGGCGCACUACUACAGCUGGGCGGGGGCCGAGGCCCAUCGCGCAUAUCAUCGCCCCGGCCAAGAACCGCUGCACGAAAUGAACUCGCUUUUCCACGCCGACGACGUCGAUGUGACGCUGGGCCAAGCUGGCGACGACGAUGCAUGGAUUCAGUUUCAGAAAAUGCGCGCCGACGUCGAGGGCGACCUGGAUGCGAUGACAGCAAUGGGCGACCUCUACUACUGGGGCGCCCGGGGUUGCGUGCGCGACCACGCCCGGGCGUUCAGCUACUUUCGGCGCGCUGCCGACGCCGGCCAUGUCGUUGCCAUGUCGGCGGCUGGCGGCAUGCUCCUCAAGGGCGAAGGCGUCAACCAAAACAACGUCACGGCCAUCGCGUACUACGAGAAGGCAGCGGCCGCCCACAACGUGCGAGCGUUGAACGGUCUUGGCUACAUCCACUUUUACGGCUCGGCCAACGUGACUCAAAACCAAACAAAAGGGUUGGAGUACUUUGAAGCAGCGGCCCAGCUGCAGUCGGACGGCGACAGUCUCUUCAAUACCGGGUACUGUUAUCUGCGAGGCCUCGGCACCGAUGUGAAUACGACCCGCGCCCUCGAGUACCUCACGGUGGCCGCGCGGUCGUUUGGUCACUUUGACGCAGUCUACGAGCUCGGCAGGUUCUACCUCGGCGUCCGGCCGACAGGCAACGACCACCGAAAUCUUGCAGCAGCGAUGCCGUAUCUCCAGGCAACGACCGACGCCGGGCCGUGGGGGAAGAGUGCCCGCCUGGGUUUUGACCUGUACCGUCGGCGUGAGAUGCAAGGCGCCAUCUGGCGCUACCACGAAGCACACGAACUCGGCUACCCGGUUGCGACGGGCAACCUCGCCUACUUGUAUGGUCUCGUCGGUGGUGACCAAGCGCAGUAUUUACUCCAAGCUGCAGAGAUCGAGGCGUCACUUCGACUCGGCGAUUGCUACUACUACGGGAAGGGCGGCGUGACCAAGGACGUUCGAAAAGCGUUGGCCUACUACACAAAAGCGAGCGCCGAUGGACUUAGCAUCGGGGCGUACAACGCCGGGUUUCUGUACGAACACGGCGACGACGGCAUUACCGCCGACGCCAACCGCGCCCGACGCUAUUACGAGCGCGCUCUCGAACUCUCCCCGUCGCCCGAGACCUACCUUGUUGUGUACCUCUCGCUCGCCCGCAUGUCUCUCGGCCUCACUUCGUGGUCGACGUCCCGCCUCGUGCCCGUGACUGACGACGACGCGACGACGAUCGGUGCAAUGCCAUUUGGCACAGUUGCCACGGCUCUUACAGCGGCGAUGGUGGUUGGCAUGACAAUGCGUUUUUGGCGUCGGUCAUAA